UCUCAAUAUCCGAGGGAUUUUGUCGUGGUACGAUGUACAAAUCUGCAGUGAUUCUCGUUGCGCUGAUUGGAACGGCAUGCGCAUUUCCACCCGCCGACAUCCUGCGAAAAUCGGUAGCCGAGGAUAACGUCGAUGAAAAGGCUCCGGAAAUCCCGUCGCAAGGAUCGGAAGUCGAAAAUCAGAGGGAAGAUGAUGGCGUCCGGGAGUCCGACAAGAAAUCGACCUCCGAAUAUCGUCUUUUUACCGCUACUAUGACGAUUCCGGAAUUCAUGACGGUGACAGCAAUACGAUCCGAUCAAAGUGCCGAGGAGAAUGAAGAGCCAAAAACGUCAUGCGCCGAGGGGGACGCGUCCUGCGAUUCUCUUGAUGAAAAUACAACACGUCAGAAAAGAACUAUCGAAAUGUUGCCGUGGCAUCAGAUACCAAAUUUUUCGAUGGACAACGUGAAAGUUUUGGACAUGGAUAAUAUACCGGGUUUCAAAGGAUUUAAUAUACCCGAUUUAAGUGAUUUCGAUUUCACAAAUAUUCCGGGUGGCGACGUGAAAAUUUUUACGAUGCCGGAUGAUGCAGGGAUUCAAAUAGGAAAUAUCCCCGAUAUUCAGAUACCAAACCUUUCGCAGAUCGAUUUAUCAAAUCUCGCGAAAGUUCAAAUAAAAACUGUCGAUGUUCCUGGUCUCCACAACUUUCAAAUGCCAAACGAUUUUUUUGAUGGAAAUGGGCUGGUGGGAAUAAUAAUUAAUGGAGGGGAAGCUACCAAUGGACUACCGGGUUCAUGCUCCGGUGACGGUAAAGUCGGUAAAACAAACGACGAAGCACUAGAAAAGCUUCAAAAUGAGGUUCAGGCGUUGACGAAAAAAUUGCAGGAGGCGGAGAAAAACCUUGCGCUUAAGGACCUUGCAAUCAAGGAGAACAAUGAAAAAAAAGAGCAGGAAUAUAAGGCGCUGCAGGAGAAACAUGAUGCAGAGGUCAAGGUCUUGGAGGAAAAAUUAGAUGGCUUGAAAGAAGAGUUAGAACAACAAUCCAGAAAAUCCGAUGAGACGCUAAAUGAAGUAAAGAAAAGCUGCGAGCAGACAUUAAAGGAUAACCAAGGGAGAGAAGAACGGCAACGUGAGACGCAGCAGGAGGCACAUAAUACAGAAGUCAAAAUCUUGAAGGAAAAAUUAGUCGAUUUGAGAGAAGAGUUAGAUCAGCGAUCCAGGAAUCUCACAACAACGGUAGAGGAAGGAAAGAAAAUCUGUGAGAAGACAUUGAAAGAAAACAAGGAAAGAGAAGACCGGGAACGUGAGACGCUGCAGACCGAACAUGCCGCUGAAGUUGAAUCAAUGAAGGAAAUGUUGAUGAAGGAAAAGCAAGUUUCAAUCGGCUUGGAGGAAAAAAUGAUUACGCAAACCACCGAAUGUGUUCAGAAUCUGAAGGCACAGAAGGAGCGCUGGGACAACAGACUAACCGAACAAACGGAACAGUCGAAGAAAGAACUCGCAAAAAUUACAGAACUAUACGAGACUUGCGUUGCCGAUAAGGAGAAGAAGGACAAGCAAAUAGAGGAACUACAAUCAUUUGGACGUAAAAUUAGCAUCCCUGAGAUACAAUAGAAAUACGCGUAUCAAACCCUUCGAGACGUGAAAUGAUUUCCUGAAUAUCACUAAUCGGUCGUUACUUUCAUUUCUUGUCAAAUAUCCGAGAAAUAACUUACUGUGUAAUAUAAAUUUUGUAAUAUUAUAACGUAGACAGUUUUUGCCAACUCGUCGAUGUCCGGUAUUGACAGUAUGUUUAUACUGCGUGGAAGAGAAUAAAAUAGAUAAAAAAAA